GGAAAAGGAGGGGCUGUCUCUCGGGAUUCUAAAGGAGACCUACAGACUGGUUUUGUUACUAUUGACCAGGAAGUACCUUGUUUUGUUUCAUAAGCUCUGUGUUCUCAUUUGCAUUAUGUGUUCUCAAAGAGUAUAUUCUAAAUCAUUUUCCUUUCUCCCCUUGCCGGAAGUGCUCGGAUAUCAAACACAUACACUCAAAAGAGGAACGCAGGAACUCAGAAAUCAUGUGACCGAUGACUAAGUUAAACCUUUUCUGCUUACUGAAAGGGAAGAGUCUGAUGAUUAGUUGCCGAUCCCCCUUGUAUUUGUAAAGUUUUGGAGAUACUGAAUCAUGUUCUCCUUUAUGCUUUUUUCCACUCUGUUUUCUUCCAUAUUCGCUGAACCUGGGGAGCAACGCUGGGUCUGCAACUCCUCUGAUGUCUCUGUUUGGUAUACCUAUUGUGAUGACAUGAAAGUCCCUAUUUCAAUAGAACCUAAACCUUGUAUAACACUGAAGGGAAGCAAGGGAUAUUUGCAUCUUUCCUACAUUCCAAGAAGAGAUAUUAAAAAACUAUAUUUCAAUAUCUAUUUAUCUUUCAACUCCAUGGAUUUUCCAAUGCGCAAAGAAGUUGUUUGCAGAGGAUCUGAUGAUCUUUAUUCGUUCUGCAGAGCUCUGAAGGGAGAGACUGUGAAUACAGCAGUAUCCUUCUCCUUCAGAGGACUACGAUUUUCUAAGGGACGAUAUAAAUGUGUUGCUGAAGCCAUCUCUGGAGAUCCCGAAGAAGUGCUCUUUUGUUUGAAUUUUACCAUCAUACACCACCCUGAUUUCAAUUAGAAUAAAUAAAGUGUAUUUUUAUUUUUCAGA